AAUGAACAACUUUAAAGUUUUAAGUUCAACGAACUUAAAACACAUAUAAUGCCAAGAUUUUCCUGAUUAAUUAAGCGUGAGUGCAUGGAAAUAUAUAUUUUGCAGUCAAAAUGGGUGAUGUAGAAAUACCACCACUCGUUAAACAGAUUGUUCGAGGUCUCAGAGGCUUAGCUUUUCUUGCCACUAUUCUUGCAACUAGUUUCAUGGCUGCAAGCCAUGAAAGAGCUAUCUUCCCUUUCGAUUACAAAGCAGACUAUACAGAUCUCAUGCUCUUCAAGUACGUUACAACUACAUAUAUAUCAUUUCUAGUUUUCUACUACUUUGUAGUUUGUUUUUGGUCCAUGCAUGCUCUCUCUAAUCUAUAUAAAAAAAAAAAAUCUAUGAUUUUCAGGGCCUUUUUGGGUGCAAACAUUGCCGCAAGCCUUUACAGCUUUUUCUUUGUAUGCCUUCCUCCGAAGAGCUUGCUCUGGCGAUUGGCUAUUGUUUUAGAUGUGAUCAUGUUCGGACUCCUUGUUGCAAUGGAUUCAGCAGCUAUAGCAGCUGCGUAUCUGCACAAGCAUGGAGAUUCUCAGGCAUUUUGGCCACCAAUCUGCAGCCAAGUGCCCACUUACUGUUAUCGCGUAAUUUUAGCUAUAUCCAUUGGAUUCGGUGGAGUCUUCAUGUUCCUGCUGAUCAUCAUCAUUUCCAUCUCUGUUAUCUUAAAUCCUCUUCUCGUCUAGUAGACUCAUCAUCAUAACUAUCUUUCUUGCAUAAAUGUACAUUUCCUACUAGUAACAAUAUGGUCUCAGUGACCUCUGACAAUGGAACUGUUGGGUUUUUUUCUUCU